AAAGGAUGCCAGUCAGAGCCUUCUGGACAACUGAGAAUCAGGAGGAGCAUUAAAAAGGAAAGCACAUCAAGCCAGGAAUCAAAAUUUUUCCACUUCCUGCAGAAAAGCACAAAACCCUUCUCUUUCCCCAGCAGGUGACAGACAAGGGAGAGAAAAACAGGAAGAGAGUUUUCAACUGUAAAAGAUGGAGUAUGUUGAACUCAAGGGAACCUUACCUGAAAAGGUCAAGGGGGAGAAUUUCCAAUUUCAGAAAAAGAGAGAACUAUGUGGGAGAAGCAGAGAUUGUAGAUCACGGCUGAUUAUUCAGGAGAGAAUCCACACCAGAGAAAAGCCAUACAAAUGCUCCAAAUGUGGCAAAAGCUUUACUUGCAAGACCUCCCUGGUGAUUCAUCGAAGGACCCACACUGGAGAGAAGCUAAAGCAGUGCUCCAAAUGUGGCAAAAGCUUUAGCAGGCACGCCAGCCUGGUGCAUCACAGGAGGACUCACACAGGAGAUAAACCGUAUGAGUGUCUGGAUUGUGGGAAAAGUUUCAGUUGGAAUUCCAACCUGGUGAUUCACCAGAGGACUCACACAGGAGAGAAACCAUAUGAGUGCCCGGAUUGUGGGAAAAGUUUCAGUGUCAAAUCCAGCCUGCUGGUACACCAGACGACUCAUACUGGAGAGAAACCGUAUGAGUGUCCGGAUUGUGGGAAAAGUUUCAGUCGGAAUUCCCACCUGGUGAGACACCAGAGGACUCACACAGGAGAGAAACCGCAUGAGUGUCUGGAUUGUGGGAAAAGUUUCAGUCGGAAUUCCCACCUGGUGAGACACCAGAGGACUCACACAGGAGAGAAACCGCAUGAGUGUCUGGAUUGUGGGAAAAGUUUCAGUCGGAAUUCCCAGCUGGUGAGACACCAGAGGACUCACACAGGAGAGAAACCAUAUGAGUGUCCGGAUUGUGGGAAGCGUUUCAAUCAGAAUUCCAACCUAGUGAUACACCAUAGGACUCACACAAGAGAGAAACCAUCUGAGUGUCCGGAUUGUGGGAAGCGUUUCAGUCAGAAUUCACAGCUGGUGAUGCACCAGAGGACUCACACAGGAGAAAAACCAUAUGAGUGCCCGGAUUGUGGGAAAAGUUUCAGUGUCAAAUCCAGCCUGCUGGUACACCAGACGACUCAUACUGGAGAGAAACCGUAUGAGUGUCCGGAUUGUGGGAAAAGUUUCAGUCGGAAUUCCCACCUGGUGCGACACCAGAGGACUCACACAGGAGAGAAACCGCAUGAGUGUCUGGAUUGUGGGAAAAGUUUCAGUCGGAAUUCCCAGCUGGUGAGACACCAGAGGACUCACACAGGAGAGAAACCAUAUGAGUGUCCGGAUUGUGGGAAGCGCUUCAAUCAGAAUUCCAACCUAGUGAUACACCAUAGGACUCACACAAGAGAGAAACCAUCUGAGUGUCCGGAUUGUGGGAAGCGUUUCAGUCAGAAUUCACAGCUGGUUAUGCACCAGAGGACUCACACAGGAGAGAAACCAUAUGAGUGCCUGGAUUGUGGGAAACGUUUCAGUCAGAAUUCCCACCUGGUGAUACACCAGAGGACUCACACAGGAGAGAAACCAUAUGAGUGUCUGUAUUGUGGGAAAAGUUUCAGUCAAAAUUCCCAGCUGGUGAUUCACCAGAGGACUCACACAGGAAUGAAACCGUAUGAGUGUCCGGAUUGUGGGAAAAGUUUCAGUCAGAAUUCGCAGCUAGUGAUGCACCAGAGGACUCACACAGGAGAGAAACCGUAUAAGUGUCUGGAUUGUGGGAAAAGCUGCAGCAAGAAUUCCCAGCUGGUGAUGCACCAGAGGACUCACACAGGAGAGAAACCGUAUAAGUGUCUGGAUUGUGGGAAAAGCUUCAGCCAGAAUUCCCAGCUGGUGAUGCACCAGAGGACUCACACAGGAGAGAAACCUUAUGAGUGUCCAGAUUGUGGGAAAGGUUUCAUUCGGAAUUCCAACAUGGUAAGCCACCAGAGGACUCACACAGGAGACAAACCAUAUGAGUGUCCAGAUUGUGGGAAAAGUUUCAGUCGGAAUUCCCACCUGGUGCAUCACAGGAGGACUCACACAGGAGAUAAACCGUAUGAAUGUCUGGAUUGUGGGAAAAGUUUCAGUUGGAAUUCCAACCUGGUGAUUCACCAGAGGACUCACACAGGAGAGAAACCAUAUGAGUGCCCGGAUUGUGGGAAAAGUUUCAGUGUCAAAUCCAGCCUGCUGGUACACCAGACGACUCAUACUGGAGAGAAACCGUAUGAGUGUCCGGAUUGUGGGAAAAGUUUCAGUCGGAAUUCCCACCUGGUGAGACACCAGAGGACUCACACAGGAGAGAAACCGCAUGAGUGUCUGGAUUGUGGGAAAAGUUUCAGUCGGAAUUCCCAGCUGGUGAGACACCAGAGGACUCACACAGGAGAGAAACCAUAUGAGUGUCCGGAUUGUGGGAAGCGUUUCAAUCAGAAUUCCAACCUAGUGAUACACCAUAGGACUCACACAAGAGAGAAACCAUCUGAGUGUCCGGAUUGUGGGAAGCGUUUCAGUCAGAAUUCACAGCUGGUGAUGCACCAGAGGACUCACACAGGAGAAAAACCAUAUGAGUGCCCGGAUUGUGGGAAAAGUUUCAGUGUCAAAUCCAGCCUGCUGGUACACCAGACGACUCAUACUGGAGAGAAACCGUAUGAGUGUCCGGAUUGUGGGAAAAGUUUCAGUCGGAAUUCCCACCUGGUGAGACACCAGAGGACUCACACAGGAGAGAAACCGCAUGAGUGUCUGGAUUGUGGGAAAAGUUUCAGUCGGAAUUCCCAGCUGGUGAGACACCAGAGGACUCACACAGGAGAGAAACCAUAUGAGUGUCCGGAUUGUGGGAAGCGUUUCAAUCAGAAUUCCAACCUAGUGAUACACCAUAGGACUCACACAAGAGAGAAACCAUCUGAGUGUCCGGAUUGUGGGAAGCGUUUCAGUCAGAAUUCACAGCUGGUGAUGCACCAGAGGACUCACACAGGAGAGAAACCAUAUGAGUGCCUGGAUUGUGGGAAACGUUUCAGUCAGAAUUCCCACCUGGUGAUACACCAGAGGACUCACACAGGAGAGAAACCAUUUGAGUGUCUGGAUUGUGGGAAACGUUUCAGUCAGAAUUCCCACCUGGUGAUACACCAGAGGACUCACACAGGAGAGAAACCGCAUGAAUGUCUGGAUUGUGGGAAGUGUUUCAGUUGGAAUUCCCACCUGGUGAUACACCAGAGGACUCACACAGGAGAGAAACCAUAUGAGUGUCUGGAUUGUGGGAAAAGUUUCAUUCGGAAUUCCCACCUGGUGAUACACCAGAGGACUCACACAGGAGAGAAACCAUAUGAGUGUGCGGAUUGUGGGAAAAGUUUCAUUCAGAAUUCCAACCUGGUGAUACACCAGAGGACUCACACAGGAGAGAAACCAUAUGAGUGUCCAGAUUGUGGGAAAGAUUUCAGACUUAGGUCUAGCCUUAUAAAUCAUGUAGGUUUACAUAUAGGAGAGAAACCGUUCAAAUGCCCAGACUGUGGAUGGUGGUUCACAAACAAUUCCUCCCUCAGCAGACACAAGAAAAGGCACAUGAGGCAGAAGGUGAGGAAUGUAGAGAAGGCUUGAAUUUCACAUCUCACCUACCUUUGGGCAUCCCCCUGAAAAGGUAAGUAUUUAAUUUCUGGCCUGAUUCUUUGUAGUCAAAUAUGUCUCAGUAUUAGAGAUGGGGGGGAGAAAAGAAAUGGAAAAUAUUAGUUUGAGAAAGACUAACUAAACGUUUCUGGCUAUCAGCAGAAGUUCCCAGUAAGCUGCUGCAGGUCUUAAAAGAUACAAAAAAGAUAGGUGGACUCAGAUUUUAUGAGAGAAUCCGUUAGGGACAAGUGUGGCAGUAGUGUAAAGUUUCAGAUGUAGAGGCUCUUCUGCCUUGCAGUUGAACAGAGCUUCUUUUUAAGUUUUCCCUAAGAAUGCCUACAAGUAAAGGGUGGAAAUGAUUUGGAGCUGCUAAGUGGGAUUUUAGCUAUGCAGAGGAAUGAUCCUGAUUUUGCUGAGUUCAGAAGACACCAAAGAAUUCAAGGCUUGUUCAUUGCAGGAACCCAAUUCAGAGAUCAGGUUAUAAUCCCCUUUUCCCCCCUAGUAGAUCACUUUGCAUAUGAUCCCUCUGGAGGAGGAGACCCAACAGCCAGGACCGGGCCAGGGGUGGGGAGGAAGGAAGAGGCUCUUUUGGCCUUAGGCACAAGC